GCCCUCAUAAGCACACACCUCUUAAAGACACCGGUAGUUCCGCUUCCGGCAGCACCAGAUAAGUCGCGAGAGGAAGCUUAAAUCCUGUCGUUUGCUUUAGGACCACUUUCGGUUCAUGAUGGUCCGUAGUGGAAAAAAUGGUGACCUUCAUCUUAAGCAGAUUGCGUAUUAUAAACGAACUGGUGAAUAUCAUCCAACUACGCUACCAAGUGAGAGGAGUGGCAUAAGAAGAGCAGCAAAAAAAUUUAUCUUCAGAGAAAAAAAGCUGUUUUAUGUUGGAAAAGACAGAAAACAAAAUCGUUUGGUGAUUGUUUCAGAAGAAGAAAAAAAGAAAGUCUUAAGAGAAUGCCAUGAAAAUGACACUGGAGCUCAUCAUGGCAUAUCCAGGACCCUUACUCUAGUGGAAUCCAGUUAUUAUUGGACUUCUGUGACCAAUGAUGUCAAACAGUGGGAAAUUCAUCUAGGAAUUGUGGUAUUCUUACUGGUAUAUGCUUGUCAGCAUUGCCAAGUGGCAAAAAAUACAGUUAUUCUAGCACCUAAACAGCACUUUCUCAAGGUGGAGAAUCCAUGGAGUAUAGUUACUGUUGAUCUGAUGGGCCCAUUUCAUACAAGCAUCAGAAGUCACGUGUAUGCUAUAAUCAUGGCAGAUUUGUUCACAAAAUGGGUUGUGAUUUUGCCUCUCUGUGAUGUUUCACCAUCAGAAGUUUCUAAAGCUAUUAUCAAUAUAUUUUUCUUAUAUGGACCACCACAGAAAAUAAUAAUGGACCAAAGAGAGGAGUUCAUUCAUGAGAUCAAUGUUGAACUAUGUGGAUUGUUUGGCACAAAGCAAAUUGUAAUUUCUCACGCCUCCCAAGCUGUUAAUCGAACUGAAAGUACAUCUAGCACAAUCAAAGCAUUUCUUUGUAAACACUGUGCUGACCACCCAAACAACUGGGAUGAUCACCUAUCAGCCAUUUCAUUUGCCUUCAAUGUAACUCACUUGGAACCUACUAAAAAUACACCAUAUUUUCAAAUGUUUAAUCGAAAUCCUUAUAUGCCUGAGACUUCAGAUAUUCUUCAUGAAGUGGAUGGUGAUGAUACAAGUAUGUUUGCCAAAAUUCUAGGUGCAGUUAAAGAAGCUGAUAAAUUAUCAAAAUUGGAGAGUAAGACAGCAUCAGGACGACAGGUGGAGAACAACAAUUUUGAGGAACUGAAUAAAAGCAAAGUCAUUGUUAAAAAGAAACCAAAGCAGUUAAAUCCAUUUCAUCUAAAAGUAGGUCAUGAAGUUUUACGACAAAGGAAGAACUGGUGGAAGGAUGGUCGUUUCCAGUCUGAAUGGGUUGGUCCUUGUGUCAUAGACUAUAUUACCGAAAGUGGAUGUGCUGUUCUGAGAGACAACACUGGGACUAGACUUAAAAGACCUAUCAAAAUGUCCCACCUUAAGCCCUAUGUAAGAGAGUCCAGUGAACAAGACAGUCUUUAUCUCUUGCAAGGUUCGGUAGUGGCAGAUCAUGACUACAUCGGAUUGCCUGAAAUUCCAGUUGGAGCAUUCCAAGCAAAUAUUCUGGUAGAAGAUGCAACUAUUGGUGUAGUCGAUAAUGAGUUACUGACAUCAAGCAAAGAUGGUGAACUAUUAGAAUAUAGAAGUGCCAAAAUCUCUCCAUUGCUGGAAGAUCAUAGUACUCUUGAAAAGCAGACUUUCAGUCUGUUGGACUCUUCAAACCAAGUCCUUGAGUACUUAAAGACAAGCUGGUGUAGCCUCACCUGUGGAAUACCGCCACCACAGCAAGGGGAGAACAUAGCAAACCCAGCACCAUGAAGAGACUUGCUGUCAUGUCAUGUACAACCUUCCAUCUCCAAUUACGGUGGUCAAACCUAGUCAUACACUGCUAACAGGUACAAGUUUCUUUUUGUGGCAAUGGUACAAAAGUCCUAAAGUUAAUGGUGUUAGUUGCCUAACUGAAAAUAUUAAAAUCCACUGAAUUAUACACUUUAAAAGGGUGAUUUUAUGGUGUGAGAGUUACAUCUCAGUAAGAUUAUUAUAAAAAGAGUCUAAACCAAAACUUAAAAAAAAAAAAAAAAAAGCUAGCCACAUGGCCACACCUGUAAUACCUAAGGAUAGUUAAGUACAGUCCUUAUAUUCCUAGGAGGAGGAAAACUGAAAUAGUGGUGGCUAGCUAUAAUAGCUGCCUUGUUUACCUUUGUUUACAAAUUCUAUUAUAGGCCAUUUUGAAGACAGUUAUUUUUACUUCCUGAUAAAUAGCCAAUACAAGCUAGUCAUAUCAGCUGCUGAUUUUAUUGCUGAAAUCUCAGGAUUCUAAUGUAGUCUAAUUUCAAGUACAGAUUAUAAGUAAGCAAAUAUACACCAAAAAUAACAAAUUUUGUACGUGCACGGUCUCAUCUCUAAUGUUUGCAGGACUCUCCGUGAAAAUGGAGGUCCACAUACCAUAUGCCUAAAUAAUGAGAAGUUAUAAAUCACACUAACAAAUUGUUCCUACCUUGGCAAACAUGCCUUCUUAAGGUUCCCAGAAUUCUCAGACUCCUCGAGCCCGGCACUGAUGAGCAGCAAAGCAGGGCGAGCUGGACUCAGCUCUCUUGGUCCCAACGCCGUCCUGUCCCAAGGACAACCCACCCCCAGCUCCUGCAGGUGUGCUGCUUCAGCGGUCCAGACAUUUGGAAUGUGCUUCCCAGCUUCAUCCACUGUCCUGGGAUGGCCCAGGAAGGCCUUGGAAGAGGUUCUCCAGGUAAUUACUCUGGAAGCUGGAUUAAGAAUGGACAGAGAAAGGGCAAUGGAAGACUGGUUAUGAGGCUGUUGCAGUAAUUGAGGGCUUUGCCGUGGGCACUGAAUCCCUGCCAUGGUCGCCUUGGCCUGAAAUAGAAUCAGAUGCUACUUCUUGAUCGAAUGCUGCCUCCCACCCUGGCCCACAGAUUCCUUCCCUGACACAGUUGUAGACUCUUGCCUUAGGACCUGGGAAGCCAGCCAAGGGACUGCUCCUGGGAGCUUGUCCAUUUGGUGGUCAUUGUUCGAUGCUCAUUCAUCAGCUCCUGAAGAGUCCGGAUGGUCUUCAAGGCAACCUUGAACCUCAUGAUAACACAGAUAUUUAGCUGCUUUUCAUCAGAUUCUCAGUGCCCAGAACUACUGCACCCAGAUGGAACUUCUUGAGGGCAGGGAUCGUGUCGUAUUCACUAUUUGUUGUAAAGUCUUAACACAGCACCUGGCUGCCUGUUAUGGCCUAAUAAAUACACUAAACAGAAUGCUGUGGUCCAGUCUACUUAUUUAUGUUGUCAACCGGCACUUAAGCACCCUUAUAAUCUUAUAUUUCACUUGUACUACCUCUUUUUACUCCCCACACUGCUGAAGACGUUAAGAGACUCAAUAAAAAUGCUAAUUGGCUAAUCAUUUUUAUUAAAGAAAAUAAACAUAUGUUUCCUAGAACAUUUCUAUUCAGUGGUUCAUCCAGCAGGUACUGGAAGCUAGGUGCUCAUGAAGGUCCAGAGAUACUAAUUCUGAUAAAAAAUAGAUGCAGCGUCCAAAAUAAACAAACCGGGACACAUGUGAGUUUCAUUAACUAUUGGAAAUACUGCACAAUCAACUUUAAACUGGCUAUGAAUGACCCCAAUUACCAAUGACCUUAGAUUGGUAAGCACUCAAAAGUCUGCUAAAAGCCUUGACUGAUAGGUUGUUAACAGCAUAUUUUGUCACAUAUGAGAGUCCGUUUGGUUGGAAAUUUUCAAGAAGGAAAAAUAGUGUAAAUAGAACAUAUUAUUAAAAUGUAUAGGUUUGGUGAAUUUUCAAAACAGUAAAGGUAAUAUGUAAGGAAAUAUGUAAGAAGAAAUAUAUACACUGUGAGUACUGAGUCAAUGCAAAGGAGAACUACUUUGUGCAUGGCAAAAUUUUUAGAGAGGUUAUACUAUUUAAAAUUUCAUUUAAAAAUACCAUCACACACUUUUAAGAUUACCAACCCAAGACCUCAACAUUCUCAGGAUCUAGGUCUCCAGGUUAACUAGAAAUUGUAAAAUAGUUACAGAAAAACUGAGUUCAUGUCUCCUCUGUGAACAUUAGCUCAGUUAAUUGAUGUUUUUGCUUCCAGUGUCACCAUCUUUUUCAUUAUUAGGUGGUUAAAAGCUGUUCCCUUUAAGAUUAGAUGAUCAAGAUUCAAAGCAGUCUUUUAGGACUAGUGGUCUAGGUAUAUGGAUGGAGUCAAUAACAUGUUUCUCCACUCCCUGCCUGUCGCUACAUGAGAGUCAUAGAAUGUCAGAACAGUACUGGGUCAUCCCAGGUCGUUUUCUCACUUCACAGGAAAGGAACUGUGGGCUUGGGCCAGACUUUAGUUGUCAAUGUCAAGAUUGAUUAUUUUCUAAACCCCAAUUAAGAACUAUUUCAAAUCCUUAUUAAAGAAAUUACAUGAUAAAAUAUAUUUGGGUUCUAACUUAAACCUAACUUUUUCAAUCAUGGAGAAGUUAAAAAUUAAGAAUUCAGAUUUUUCUUAGCUUUCAUUUAAGAGGCGAUUCAGUAUAUGACUAAUGUUGCAGCCUUUCAGUUUUAAUUUGAAAAUUAAUACAAAUUUCUUACGCAUGACAUUUGGCAAGCCAUUCCCAACUCUGUCAGCUGCUCUAAAUUCAGAUGUCAAAUAAUAGGAUUAUUUCGGAGGAAUUCUUGCACUCAUUAUAAAGGUCAAUGUGCAGCCUCAUAUUCUAUAUAUUUAGAAAAAAGUUAACGACCUUCAGAAAAAAAUAAACAUUACUAUUAAAAUUAUAUCAAUAAAUCACUAAGAAUUAAUGAAUUAUACCUUUCCAAGAAAGAGAUUAAUGUAGUGAUCAAUGCUACUUUCAUAUGAAAUUAUUAAUAUGCAUUUAAAAGGGCAUUCAUUUAUCUGUGUACAGAAGAAAUGACAGAAUUAAGUAAAGUUAAGAAAAAAAACUAAUUUUAAACCCAGAGCUGUGACUUCAGUGUUACGUAAUUAAAAGAUUAGUUUUAGUGAAAUCACUAGAUGACUUCAACAAGAACAAAAUGUAAUGGCUGCUUUUUCUACACUUGGGAAUUCUCAUCUAGUGAGGAAAGGUGACUUAUUUUGGGCAGAGACUGUUACUCAUCAGAAGUGCCGGCCAUAGCGAUAAUUAACUGAAAACAGAUGAGAAAUGUUUAUAACCAAGUCAGAAAGAAAACAAGGAUUAAAUUACAGUGUUUCAUUUAAUGAGGAUGAAGUGAGGAAGAGAAUUUAGACAUAGGGGCCAAAAGCAUUAGCAGAAUUUCUUUUCUUUUUAAAAUUUAAUUGCAAAUGAGAUCUUCGACUUGGUCAGAAUGUUUGGAUGCUGACUGAGAAAGUAUGAUCAAAAGUAAUCUACACCAAGAGUUACUACAAGUGUAGAUGAGACGACGGGAUGAUUGGGAAAAAAACCUGUCAUCAUGCUUCCCUCCUGCAUGCCUGCCUUCCUAUCUCUCUCUCUCUCUCUCUCUCUCUCUCUCUCUCUCUCUCUCUCAUCUAUCUAUCUAUCUGUCUAUCUAUCUAUCAUUUUAUAUUAUUGUGAGGCAGAAUAACAAAGUGAUUAAAACCAAGACUUGAGCAAAUCUUGGUUCCUUCAGCUAUGGCACUUUAGGCACAUGACUUAACCUUUCUGUGGCUGUUUCUUCCUCUCUAAAAGGGUUUAUAAAUAGGGUUGUUAUGGGGAUUAAAUAAGUUAAUGCACCUAAAACACUUAGCCUGGCUCACAGUGAGGGCUAUGUAUAUGUUUGUCUUUAUUAGUCUCCUUCCCUCCAGGGAUGAAAUUUAAGCCAACUGAAUGCCUUAUUUUACCUGGUAAUUCUAUAAGAUGUGAACCUAGAAGUAAGCAUAUGACUGAAAUAUAGACUCUGAGUUGAUUAAGAAUCUGUGAAUACUUUGAUAAGCAUCACACACAUGCAGAUAUUAUUUUCCGUUCACAGGUAUACAAUAUAUGCUGAACCAGGCUUCCAUAUGCUAGCAAAUAGCAUUCCAAUCAAAUUUGCCACUGAGAAUAUAGUUUUAGAUUUAUUUUUCAGUGAGUGUGGUUUCCAGAAGGCCACUAGAAUAAAGACUAGGAUUUUGUUCCUAUCCUACGAAUAUUGUCUCAAUAUAAAUAUCAAAUUAACGGUAAAAAAACAAAUGAUGUUAGGUGUAAAAAAGAGUGUAUUUGCUUCUCAGUUUACCUAGUCGAAUAUUUCCACACUGUACAUCAUGUAUCACAGGAAAACGUCAAGGCAGGUCAAUGUAAGUGAUCAGAGAUUUGAGAGCCACACACUGCCAUUACGACAGAACACUGCCAAGUCAUUUUCUGAAUUUAUCAGAGUGCCAAAUUUUACAGCUUUCCUACACUUUCCAAGAAAAUUCUCUCAUGGGUGCUGCUUAAGUUAUAGUAAUUAACAUUUACUCCUAUUGCUUUGGUGUUUAAAAUUUUGAAAUCCUAAUCCGACAUGAUGUUAACGGUGGCAAUUAUAAUCAUAUGAAUUGUUAAUGUAUUACAACAUUUAUUUAAUACUUUGUGUGUGCCAGAAACUGUUCAAAGCCCUUUCCAUGCAUUACCUGGCAUACAUGGAAGUAUUAUUUGACCUUCACUAAAACCCUAUGAGGACUGUACUGUUAUCAUCCUCAUUUUUACAGAUGAGAAAACUAAAGCCCAGAGAAUUUCUUUUCUAAUUUUUCCUACGGACCACAUAAUAAGUGGUGUAGUUAGGAUUCAAAGCCAGGAAGUCAGGCUCCAGAGUCUGAAGUGAUCCACAGCAUACAACCUGCGUGGAAUGGUUUUCAGAUUUUAUUUUGGCCAAAUGCAGAACUGUUCUGGGGUGAGCUGAAUCGUGUGCGCGCAGCGCACGCAUGUGUGUGUUGUGUGCGUGCAUGUGUGUACGUUGUGUGGAGACUGCAGCUAUAGCUUCCUAUGUGAGGCACGUCCUUUCCAACAAUAGUUGCAAAACCUCUGUGCUAGUCUAGCUGCACCUGUCCGGGAAAUUUCCCUGUUUCUAAUGUUGUUCUCACAACUGUUGGGACAAGAGUUUUCAGAACAGACUCACCACAGGUCAUGAAGACAAGACUUAGAAAGAGGUGCUAUUUGUGGAUAUUUGUGCUCUUAGAGACACGCUGAAGACACAAUAAUUAACCAUCUUGUUCUCGGGAAUGCUAAAGGCUUCAUAGCAAAGAUGGAAAAUGUCAUUCUGGUUGUGCUCUUCAUGCAGCUGUGUCCAAUGAUGCUCAUCCCAUUAUGAGGUGGGGAUUCAAGUUUAAAGGCAGCUGCCAAGGUAUGGAACUAAGCGGAAUUCAGACAAAUCUAAAAGUCCACAAAAUGGUGUUUUUGAAACCAUGAGGUAGUUCUGGGCCUACCACACAUAGUCACAUCCAGAUUUUUGAGCCGAUCCAAUAAUUUCACCUGUGACCUCUCAAAUCAGCUGGAUGGGAUACAUUACUGUAUUGUAGUUCCAAAGUAUGGUCCAGUCAAUGAAAUCCAAAGUGCUGUGGCAUAAAAUGCUCCUGUAUUGGAUUGUGCUAGUGCCAUGAACUGUGGACAUUAGAAUAGAGUCCUGAGCGGAAGCCUCCAGCUUGUCAGCAGUGAUGGCCCAGAGCUCCAGGGAGGCAUAUCUGAACUGGGCGAACAAGUUAGCUCAGUGUUCUGAGCAAGACUGUAAUGAAGUGUAAAGAACUAGGAAGUGUGCAUUCUAGUUUUAAAUUCAGUUAUAAAGUCGAAGUUUUAAAUUCAGACUCUGUGACCUCACUGAAAUGGGUUAACUUCUCUAGGCUUCAGUUUCUUCAUUUAAAAAUUAAAAUAGGUCUCAAAGGCAUCUGAAAUGAGUAGGAGCUAUGACAUUAAGCAACACCAUAGCCUCGCAUUUUUGUUUGAGUAAUAAUCUCAUAUGAAAAACUACCUUCUUCUUUGAAGGUAAUAUAAUUCCUUACAGCAAAUUAGGCAUUUAGGGAGACAGUUAGUUCCUCCAGACUAUUAUAGGGUCCCCUUCUCAGCUUUGUCUGAAGUAAAGAAAAGGCUAUGAGAACAACAAUGGGAGAUUAUCCAUCAAAUUUAUCCCCCUUGCUCAUACCCUGGGAAAUAUACAUGAAUUAGACUACUAAUGUAUUUUAUCAGGGUGUUACAUGCUAAUAAUGCCUACUUUCUUUUUUUGCAAAUGGAAGUUUCCUGAGGAUAGGGCAUUCUCUGGCUUACACAAAGGAAUGAAACAUUUUCAAUUAAGGUUAGGUUUUAUAUUGUGCUGUAAACAGUGACAGAAGGGUGAAAAGAAAAAGACUUUCAGAAAUAGCUUACCUAAGUAUGAAUUUUGCUAUUUUACAUUUAACGUUUAAAAGGUUUUUCAAUCAGAGUAGUGAAAUAACACUAAAAUAAAUCAUUGCAGAAAGGAAACACAGGCACAUUUUCUUUCUAUAAUGAGGAUUUGUGCUGUAUGUUUCUAUGACUCAUCAUUUUAUUUAAUUCAGUGACGUUUACCCACAUAUUUUAAAUGAAAGGAAAUUUCCUGACCCAGAUCCUGCAGUAACAUUUUACUCCUGGACACUGCCAUUUUGACCACCCUAUAAGGUAUGAGAUCUGGCAAGUAAAUGUAUUUGGGGUAUUUUAAAUAUUUCUUUCUUAGAAAAGCUAACUAGGUUUUAGGAAUACAAUGCCUUAAGUCAAACUAUGAUUUUUACAUGCAUACUUAUGAUACCUAUAGGUAAAUUAUAAGAACCACAAUAUUAUUUCAAAUCCAAGGUAACAAAGAGAAGUCAUGGGAUAAAAUAUAUUGCAACUCUAACAUUUCGCACUUGAAUAGAAUUGUACUCUUGCCAAAGAAGCCCUUCUGCCUUUUAUAUUUUCAUGUCGUAUGGGUUACCAUUUGCUGUCCUUAAUAUAGAGGUUCAGAAAGACACUCAAGUCUGUCUAUGAAAUGGAUAGGGACGUGAUAAACUGCAGAUUUUCUAGGCACCACCCUUGGAAAUGUCAAUUCAGUUGUUCUUAGGUAGUAUUCAGGAGUCUAGAUUUUUCAUAAGCACCUUAGGUGAGGUGAUUCUACUGCAGUGGAGUCUAGGAAACCCUCUUGAGAAAUAGUUUCAUUAGAUAAAUUUAGGAGUUAGAGCAGGGCUGACUCUGUUUAAGUAUGAAGAUGUAAAAAACUGGGUCCCAGUACACCCCAUAGAAAGUAUUAGACCAGACCCAAUGGACAGUGCUUGAAACUUCUGUGCGAGCAAAAGGCACCACAUGCUAACUUUUUUUCAAUUAUAAAUAAAAAUCAGCUGGGUGUUGAAUAAUUUAUGGCUUACUGCAAAGCUGUAUUUGAAAACACCAAGCUGGCAGCCUGAGCCAUUCCAGCCCACGCAUGGACAGCUGCCAUGCACCCAUAUCUGUUACUUUUUUGGAGAUUAUCUCCACAUGCUGUAUUAUCUGGCUUUCCACAUUAGCAAGUAACAUGAAACACAAUCAAUAUGAAAGAGGCCACAAUACAAUUAAAGACAAAGAUGAGGCAUCCAUAGCUUGCUGGUACAGAAACCUGAAGGGAAUAAGGUAUUGUCCUCUAAUUAUGGAAGCCAUAACCAGAGGAAUCCUGGUUAGAAAUAAAGAUAAAUCUGAUCGUUUCUGAGUUGCUGGAGGUCCCCUCAGGAAAGAAAAAAAAAAAAAAACUAAACUGAAUUUUCAAUUAAGAUAGUAAUUCAUAAUGGAACUUAAGAAAUCAAAAUCAUAAAAAUGGUUAUAUUUU